ACAACCCGGUAGUGUUAUCUGUGUUAAAAACUUUAUCUUGAGAAACAUUUUUCUCUAUGUGUUAAAUUUACAUGUAUUUAUAUGAAAUACUGAUAAGGUUAGAAUACAUAAAACUACCUGAUGUAUUCAGUUAGACAAAAAUUACCCCAUAUAGAGCUAUAUUUCAAAAUGUGUUGGAUUUAAAAUUGGACAUGAAUUAAUUCGAAAUGAAACCGAAAGAGGUUAACCUGGAGCUUAGUUUACAAGACAAGCCUGUGUAUAUAAACCUUUUAGGUUGGAAAGACACAAAGUUUGCAAGUAAUGGCUUCUUAUAGCCCUAAGCUUUUAGAAAAGAAGUACAAUAACUGGGUUAAAGCUCAGUUAGCAGUGUUGUUUACAAAAGAAGGACUUGAGCCUUUUGUUUGUAAUGAAAUUCAUCAAUUUCAAUUAAAAUGUUUAGAUGAUAUUUGCUACAACAAUGGACUAUAUAGUGGGACUUGUUGUUCAAUGUGCUGCAUGGAAAAUCUUGUUAAUUGCCCUACUGACAACAUAUGUAAAGUAAGACAUAGGAAAUGUACGUAUCAUCGAAAUGUUGCAACAAGGUACAAUUCAUCGGGCUGCCCUAACAGCAUAUGUCAUUACCUAAAAACUAAAAUACAGAAUGCACAUAGGUACAACGGUCCGUCGUUCAAAAACACAGAUGCAACCCAGUGGUGCAGUAAUUUCUGGGAAGUGGUGAAAUGCUUCAUGCCUCCAGAUGGGUAUAAAGAUAAAGCAUCCGCAACAGAAACAGAUUUCAAUGGUAUAAUCAGCGUUAUUCUCAAUUACAAAGACGUCCAGGGGAAAAUACAUGAGAACCUCAAUAAUAUGACGAAUAUGUUUGAGGAGGCAAGAGAAAUUGGAAGACAAGUGCGACAUUCUUCAACACUCGAAGUAAAGGAUACAGAUCUUCAGAAAUACUUCAAACUAUUACAGAAACUACUUUCUGAUCAAGUAUAUUUAGCUACAGACACGCAUGCGCAGAAUGCUAAAAAGAAACUGAUAGAAUUAGAAAAUGACACUUUAGUCAUUGGUAAAGAUGAUAUAAGAAAAGUACUAGACGAUGUGGCAAAGGCAAUUCAAGACAAGAUGAAGGCUGGAUUAGACGAGCAAUAUGACAGAAUUAAACUAGAUAUGAUAAAAAGAAAACAAGAAGAUCUUCUAUCUCUUCAGUCACAAUUAAAAGAUGAAGCUGAUGCUUCUGUUAAAAGACUGCAUGAAGAACGGGACAAAGAAGUUGGGAAAAUUCAUGAACAAGGAGAUAAAGAACGAGCAGAUCUGGCUGGAUUAGGAGAGACGUUACAAAAAGCACUGAAAAUAGCAAGUAAAGACGAGAAAGAAAAAGAAUAUAUUGAUGCUAAACAAAGUAAGUGAUAUUAAUCACAUAACUUCAUUUGUUUUCUAUAUAUAUUACUAAACGUAUUCCUUUGU